ACACGUCAACCAGAGAACAUGAUGCCUCUUUGCAAGUCAACUCGUGUGCUCUGUGGCUGAUAGAGGCACCUCGAGCUGAAAUAUUAUAGCUCUAUUGUAUUGGAGAACAUGGCGUGACAGCCCCCGGGUUCAGCAAAUGGACUGCUUCGUAUCGCUGCACUGACGGGAGAGUAUAGUUGGCGAUCAAGCUGGCAGGGCAACACAGAAAUCAACUUUGUCUAUUUUUAAUGGACACGUUUCGAACAGCGGUGGUGGCGGCGGGCGGUUUGUUUUCCUUUCGUCUUUAUCUGUAGCUGUGAGCCCCCAGUGUGUCCCCUGCUCGUCUGGCUGCCUCCUACUCACAAACAGUCCCAUCCAGAACAGCAUGGUCAUGGCUGACACUGUCCAAAAACCGCUGACCCGGGGUCCGGUCCGAGUGGGCUUUUACGACAUCGAGCGCACUUUAGGAAAGGGCAAUUUCGCUGUCGUGAAGCUGGCUCGACACCGCAUAACCAAGACAGAGGUGGCCAUCAAGAUCAUCGACAAGACCCAACUGGAUGCUGUCAACCUGGAGAAAAUCUACAGGGAAGUUCAGAUUAUGAAGAUGCUGGACCACCCACACAUCAUCAAGCUGUACCAGGUGAUGGAGACGAAGAACAUGCUAUACUUGGUCACGGAGUAUGCCAAGAAUGGGGAGAUCUUUGACUACCUGGCAAAGCAUGGCCGUCUCAGUGAGCUAGAGGCCAGGAGGAAGUUCUGGCAGAUCCUGUCGGCGGUGGAGUAUUGUCACAACCGCAACAUCGUCCACAGGGAUCUGAAGGCUGAAAAUCUGCUGCUGGACGGCCAUAUGAACAUCAAGAUAGCAGAUUUUGGAUUUGGGAACUUCUUCCAGCCCGGGGAGCCUCUGGCCACAUGGUGCGGCAGCCCGCCUUAUGCUGCUCCAGAGGUCUUUGAGGGCCAACAGUAUGAGGGUCCACAGCUGGACAUCUGGAGCAUGGGGGUGGUGCUGUAUGUGCUGGUGUGUGGUGCGCUGCCCUUCGAUGGGCCCACUCUGCCUGUACUUCGACAGAGAGUCCUAGAAGGAAGGUUUCGCAUCCCCUACUUCAUGACUGAAGACUGUGAGCACCUGAUCCGCAGGAUGUUGGUUCUCGACCCAUCGAAGCGCCUGUCUGUGGCUCAGAUCAAGGAGCACAAGUGGAUGGCUCUGUACGCCCCGGUGCAGAGGCCCGUCCUGUACCAGCAGCCUCUGUCUGAUGAGGCCGAGGCGGGGGUGGGGGAGUACAGCGAGCAGGUCCUCAGGCUGAUGCACAGCCUCGGCAUCGACCAACACAAGACUGUAGAGUCUCUGCAGAACAAAAGCUACAACCACUUUGCUGCUAUCUACUAUCUGCUGGUGGAGCGUCUGAAGGCCCAUCGCUGCAGCUUCCCCGUCGAACAGCGGCUCGAUGCCCGCCAGCGCCGGCCCAGCACCAUCGCCGAACAGACGGUCGUCAAGUCUGUGUUUUCUCCCUCUCUGCAGUCGAGCAGUGGUUCAGCCCAGGUGGGUUUGCUCUCACAGGGUGUCCGUCUUCUGCGCUCCCCUGCUGUGCCCCAAGCCUCUUCAGAUGCUUUCACCUUCCCCCCGACUGCAUGUUCCCUGGAGCAGAAUUUCAUGGUAGAGGACGUCAACACGCCCAAAGUGAACGGCUGCCUGCUGGAUCCCCUGCCUCCACCCACUGUCCUACGCAAGUCCUCCACCUCGUCGCCUAGCAACAUGAUGGAGAUGUCGAUUGAUGAGGGCAUUGAGACGGAGGAGCCCGAUACUGAAGAUGAUCCGGCCCACCUGCUCUCGGCCUAUCAAACAGCUCGGUUUAACCAGCGGCGACACACCCUCUCUGAGGUGACCAAUCAGCCGGGGCCUUCAAACCAAAGUAAAUUAUUCACUCUUGGUCACAACCCUUCCAUGGGCAGCAUGGACUCGGACAUCGGCUACGACAUGGGCUCCAUGCACAGCGACCUCGGCCUGCUGGAGGACCCCCCCUCUUUCAGUGAAUUGGUACCAGGCAACAGCUCUACCCCCGGCGUUACGCCUACUCCUUUCCUGAGCGCUCGGCCCGCAAACCAAGCAAUGGCCGUCCUGACGUCCCAGCACAGGGAGGCGCACAAUCGCUCCCCCAUCAGCUUCAGAGAGGGGAGGCGUGCCUCUGACACCUCCCUCACCCAAGGUCUCGUUGCGUUUCGGCAGCACCUACAGAACUUGGCCAGGACCAAAGGUAUCCUGGAGCUGAACAAAGUCCAGAUGCUGGUGGAGCAGAUGGGCUCCGGGGAAGGGGCCGCCAUGGGCCCCCUGGGACCACAGCACCACUUGCACAACCUCCUGGAGGGCGAGGCAUCCAAGCAGCAGGAGGGCCUAGCUUUAUACCAAGGUGGUCCGCCUCUCCUGUCCCGCAGACAGAGUUUAGAGACACAAUACCUCACUCAUAGACUCCAGGCCAACGUCUUGGCUAACAGUCCUGCUAGCUGCCAACAUUUCUGUCAGGACACUCGAACUUUAGAGCAACAGCUGCAGGAACACAGUGGGGUGUGCUGCCCUCCCCACAGACUGCACCAGAAGAGGAUGUACCUGCAGCAGUCCCAGGGCCUGGGGCUGCCGGUCUACUUCAACCAGAUGCAGAUAGCUGAAGGAUCCUACCCGCCAAGGGGCCCUGGCCUGGACCCUGCGGGGUCUCAGGGCCCCCCCAUGUCAGCCCCCCAGCAGCAGGUCAGUCCUCAUCCCUCGCCCCCCUUCAGCCACCCCCACAGCAUGAGCUCCCUGAUGGAGCCGGGCCAGGGCCUGGUUUAUGAUCCUUACAUGAGCCACCUCCACUACACCCAACAGCUCCCCCCUGGAGCCCACCUCCACCACCAGCUCCACCAUCCCCUCCCUCACGAUGCCUCUGCCAGCGGCCUGGGCUUCAGCUACCCUGCAGGCUGUGAGCAGCACGGCCUGGGACCUUCUUUUGAGGGGCUUCACCCAGACCAGUCCCAGUACCUGCUGGACCCUGCUCUGUUGCCCCUGCAUGCCUCAGGAGACGCUGAGGCCGGGGGUCUGGGGGGUCCCGGCCACAUGGAGGGCCUGGGUCUGCAGGGCCUGGACAGUGAAAUGAUGGAGACCGUGGACUCCCAGCACGGCUUUGUACUGGUCAACUAACGCCAGCUGAAGGUUAACAGAAAGCAGUAUUAAGCAAACCCUUACAGCACGAAGAGCAGAGAGAAUGGAGAUAUAAGUGGAGGCCAUAUGCGUAGCAACAGGGAAGGAAAAGUGUCAAUUUUUGUAUGAUUUAAUACAAACUUCAUUUCCUAGUGGUGAUGAACGUCAGACAACCUUUUCUGCCACGCCCCCCCUUAGCAUAUCUUCCUUUCUCCCUCUAUUCCUCUGCUCCCUUCAGCUCUGUGAGGCAGGUCCGAUAUCUGGCACCAUGAGAGCUUUGCCGUGCCCGUGAAGACUGCGUCGUGCAGCCGAGUGACGCCGCACAUCCUGCCAGAGCGCCGCAUUUCUCCUAGAAAUGUUUUGGAAGUGAACUCAUUUAGGACUGACUGUCAAACAACCAUAAGGACAAUGGCUGGCAGUGCUUUUGUAUUUAAAUAGGACACCACCAACAGUAGACUGAUUCUAUAAAGACUUCUGUGGAUUUCUUUUUUUCUAAAAAACAACUGAACAACAGAAAAUAGCCCUCAUUUAUCACGGUACCACGAAUAUUGCCGCAAAUUCAAGUGGUUUUUUUCUCCAUUUUAUACAAAUGAUUUUACAAACUAAUGUGAGUGCAAGGCUAAUGUCAUGGCCGUAUUCAAGCUUUCAACACUAACGUAUACAUUACUACUCCUAACAAUCAUCAGGUAACUCUUUUGUCAUUUGCUUAAACAAAUACCUUAAUCAUGCAGAAGAAGCAUCAGGUUCGCACCAUGUUAAGCUUUUGCUAUAAACAGCGCUAAAUUCUGAAACUAGUGAGUGAAAA